GACAUUUUGGAGAUUCCCAGUCCUCAGAUGGUAAUUCAGUAUGGAGUAGCUACUACAAGGAAGCAUCAGAACUUCAUUCUCACCAGCUCCAGUGAACAUCUUCCUCAACACAAGCUGCGAAAGACUGGCUUACGAUGAUGCAACCUUUAGCAAAUCAGUAUGCUGUCAGUAGGCCAGUUUACUCCGAGGAUGCUUUUGUUAACCAAUACCAAAAGAUCGCCAGGCACCAUAAGAGCCAGCUGGAUCACGUGAAGGAGUACCUUACCUGUGAUUCUAAGCGAGCAAAGAAUGCUGCUCUUUCCCUGUUUCCUUUCAUUGGAUGGAUGAGAAUCUAUCGCAUCAAAGAGUGGCUUCUGAGUGACAUGUUGUCUGGAGUCAGCACUGGACUCGUUGCCGUUCUUCAAGGCCUUGCAUUCUCCCUGCUGGCCGAGCUUCCUGCUUCCUAUGGGCUGUUCACAGCCUUCUUCCCAGUGCUGGUCUACUUCUUCCUCGGCACCUCCAGACACAUCUCAGUGGGUUCUUUCCCUGUUCUAAGUCUGAUGGUGGGUACAGUAGUGACUCGAAUAGUACCGGGUGAGAGUCCCGAGGCCAACAUCACCACCACCAUCACCAUCCCAGGCUUUGAGGGGCUGUCCCUUGAGCAGCAGAGGGUUGUGGUGGCAGCUUCUGUCACUUUCCUCAUGGGAGUAUUUCAGUUGGCUAUGGGGGUGCUCCAGGUGGGGUUCAUUGUGAUGUACCUGUCGGACACACUGAUUUCUGGGUUCACCACAGCAGCUGCAAUCCACAUCCUGGUGUCACAGCUGAAGUUUGUGUUGGCGCUCCCAGUGAAGUGCCCAAAUGGACCUCUCGCCAUCAUCUGUGUGAGUUUGCAGAUAUUUAGUCAAAUCACGGACACCAACAUUGCUGACCUGGUGAUUUCCAUCAUCAUAAUUUUGGUGGUGUUCGUCGUAAAGGAACUCAAUGACAAGUUCAAGGCCAAGCUCCCUGUGCCCAUCCCCAUAGAGGUCAUUGUGACUAUUGUUGUUUGCGGACUUUCCUACGGAUUCAAUUUUGAAGAAAAGUUUGGUGUAGAGGUUCUAGGUCAAAUGCAAUCGGGUUAUGAGGCACCAAUGGCUCCCAAUAGUGAGGUGCUACAAAUGAGCGCAGUGGAGGCCUUUCCCAUGGCGAUUGUUGGCUUUGCUGUGGCUUUUUCUGUAGCAAAGGUCUACUCUAUCAAACACGACUACAUCAUUGACGGAAACCAGGAGCUUAUUGCUUUCGGAGUGAGCAAUAUCUUUGGAGCUUCCUUCAGGUCGUUUGCAGCGAGCACAGCUCUCUCCAGGAGUGCUGUGCAGGAAAGCACUGGAGGCAAAACCCAGGUUGCUGGAUUAAUCUCCGCGAUGAUGGCAAUGAUUGUUACCAUGUGGAUUGGGUUCUUACUAGAGCCACUGCCCAAGUCAGUGCUGGGGGCACUGGUCGUUGUCAAUCUGAAGGGGAUGCUGAUGCAGUUUCGAGAGAUCCCUUACCUUUGGCGGAAGGACCGGCCUGACUGUGUGGUGUGGAUUGCUACCUGUAUCCUCGCCGUCCUGUUGGGGCUGGACCUGGGUCUGGCUGCAGGUGUGGGGGUAGAGCUACUCACUGUAGUUAUCAGGACUCAGUUUAAUCGCUGUUGUGUCCUGGCCAACAUAAAGGGAACGGAUAUCUAUAAAGACCGCAAGGAUUACCUUAAUGUUUAUGAACCAGAAGGAGUGAAGAUCUUCAGAAUUCCUGCACCAAUCUUCUUUGCCAACAUUGAGUUCUUCAAGGGAAAAUUGAUUGAAUCUGUAGGAUUUAACCCCCUGCGAAUACUGCGGAAGAGGAACAAGGCCCUGCGGAAGAUCAAGAAGCUCCUGAAGAAUGGGGAGCUGCAGAUAACGGAGAAAGGACUGCUGCACACAGGCUCAGCUCCUUUAGAGGAGUCGGAGGAUGAGAGCAACAUGGAGGAACUGGAUCAGCCUAUUGACUUCAAGAACCUUCCCAUCCAGGUCAACUGGAACGCUGAACUUCCUGCCAACAUCUGCGUCCCCAAGGUUGACAUCCACAGCGUGAUCCUGGACUUUGCGGCAGUCUCGUUCCUUGACAUCUCUGCACUGAAGGGCCUCAAAACGAUAUUGAAAGAGUUCAUCCGAGUGGAUGUGGCGGUCUACAUUGUAGCAUGUGAUGUGUACAUCCUGGAGAAGCUGCACAGCUGCAAGUUCUUUGACGACGAGAUCAAGACGUCCAUCUUCUUCCUCACUCUCCAUGAUGCCGUGCUGCAUAUUCUAGAGAAACACCCAGACCAAUCAGAGGGAAGGCUGAUAUAUGACAAGGAUUUUUUCCAGAAUCACCUCUACAGGAACAGUAUGCCCUGCUUGAGGAGCAGGGACAAAGGGGACACAGAGAGCAGAUUGUAGAAAGGACGGCCGCUGUCCACAUCCUGUACGGGCAGGACCAACUU